GGAGUCCGACCAAUAGGAAGAGGAAGGGGUGUGAUCGAGUCCUUGUUCGGUCGUCCAUUGCCAGACUGGAGGUGGCUGAGUUGAGAUUGGCGAACGUUGACGGAGUGAGGGCGAUGUCGUGCUUCUGUGGAAAUAUGCCUCUGGGUUCUGGAGGGAAGGUGUCAACGUGGGCCUAAGGGAGGUUCCGUGGCCAUGAACAGAAUCCGGAUCCAUGUGCUGCCUUCCACGCGGGGGCGUCUCACCCCUAUCCCCAGGGUGCAAGAGACCCUGGCCUGCUCCUUCUCUCACCGCCCAUGCUCACAGCCCCGAUUGGAGGGCCAGGAGUUCUGUCUCAAGCACAUCCUUGAGGACAAGAACGCUCCCUUCAAGCAGUGCAGUUACGUCUCAUCCAAAAAUAGCAGGAGGUGCCCAAAUGCAGCACCCAAACCAGAGAAGAAAGAUGGGGUCGUUUUCUGUACAGAGCAUGCCCGAAGGAAUGCAUUGGCCAUGAGGGUCCCAUCGAAGAAGCCCAGCUCCAGCCCCUCACCUGAGGUGCUGCUUGCCCAGCUCAGCAGCUACCUGAAGAGUGAUCUGGGCUCCCAGGGACCAGACAGCAGCCAGAGCGAGGCCAGCAAGAUACUUGAUGAGGACAGUUGGAGUGAGGGGGAGCCCGAGACAGUGCUUCUGGACCAGACAUGGAGGGGCGACCCGGACAGUGAGGCCGACAGCAUCGACAGUGACCAGGAGGACCCUCUAAAGCAUGCAGGAGUGUACACAGCGGAGGAGGUGGCACUGGUGAUGCGGGAGAAGCUGAUCCGCCUGCAGUCUCUCUACAUUGACCAGUUCAAACGACUCCAACACCUGCUGAAGGAGAAGAGGCGACGUUACCUGCACUCCUGCAAGCCUGAUCUUGAGGCUGCCGGUGGUAGUCCGGAGGCCAUGCUGACGAAAGAGCGGGUGGACCUGCGUAAGCUGAGGGCCUUGCGACGGUAUCGCCGGCGAUAUGGGCUGGAGGCACUGCUGCACCGGCAACUGAAGGAGAGGCGGGUGAUGGCCAGUGAGGGGGGCCCACACCAGCAGGCACAGCCCAGCGCCCGCCAGACCCUGCGCUGUGUGGUGGUAACAGAUGGGCUCCGGUGUCCUGCUCCCUCUCUUCCACUCAGUAGGCACUGCCUUAACCAUAUCUGUCAAGACCCCAGCCAGGUGCUGUUCCAGCCAUGCGCGGGGGUGAAGGAGGUGCCCUGCACAAAGCCUGUGCCCCUGAGCCAGGCAGAGCAGCCCUGCUGCCCCCUACAUCUGCAGGUGCCCCCGCAAAUGUACCAGCCUGAACCUGCCCUCUGUGCCUCCCAGCAGCUGCAGAGCGGGCCAGCCGACCUGUACCUGAGUGCAGCCGAGCUCCAGCCAUCCGAGGUGCUGCCACUGGAGUUCAGCGAGGACUGCCUGGACGUGGUGGGUGACAGUCUACAGUGCCCGCCCUCACCGCUGUUUGACCCUGCCCAGGGCACCAGAACCCAGUCAACAGAUGAGUCAGACUUGGCAGAGGCUACCUUGCAGACGGUCUCUCAGACCCACAGCACCAGAGACCACAAUGGUACCAGGGAUAUCAGCUGAACAGCAAGCAAGACCCAAUGGUGGGGGCUACUAACUUGAGGCUGCUACCUCCUGUAUCUCUACAGGAUGGUGACCUGCAGGGUGGGGAUCUUUCCCUGGGCACAUGCUGGGAGGGUAUUAUGCUUCUAACACCUGGUGUGGGGUCACACUGUGGAAGAGGUCAUGUCCCAGUGCUCCUGUUUCUAUCACCUUUCCCCUCCCCCCUCCACCACAUUUUAUCAUUGUGCAUUUGCCACCCUUCAGCUAUUGUCCUGAUACCUCUCCCUUCCCACCAUUGGGGAUGUUUGUAGCAAUGUGGCAAAGCAUUGACCAAAGAGGUGGCAGUGUGAUCACUGGUUCCAUUAAAGGCUUUCAAAUAGA